UUACACGUUUGUGGGACUAAUUGAUUCUGGGCUUCCAGCACGCUGAGGCCCGCACAAAAGGGGGUUGGUGGUGCCUGGCACCACGCACAGGGUCCGGUUGCGUUGUGAGCGGGAGCUCAGGGGGAGCUCAGUUGUAGCGGCCGAACCUCGAGGUCAGCAGGCAGGGGCGGGGAAGCCGCGGCCGCGCCCUUCUGGCCACUCCCCGGCCGGCGGUGGGUGGCGCGCACUCCCAUAUGUCCUCCGCGCCACCACGAUCGCCCACCCCGCGGGCCCCCAAGAUGAAGAAGGACGAAUCUUUCCUGGGCAAGUUGGGCGGCACACUGGCGAGGAAGAAGAAGACCAGGGAGGUGACUGACUUGCAAGAAGAAGGCAAGAGCGCCAUCAAUUCUCCAAUGGCCCCGGCUUUGGUGGACAUCCACCCUGAAGACACCCAGCUAGAGGAGAACGAGGAACGCACCAUGAUUGAUCCCACCUCCAGGGAGGACCCCAAGUUCAAGGAGCUGAUCAAGGUGCUCCUGGACUGGAUCAACGACGUGCUGGCCGAGGAGCGCAUCAUUGUGAAGCAGCUGGAGGAGGACCUCUACGACGGCCAGGUGCUUCAGAAGCUUCUGGAAAAGCUGGGGCACUGCAAGCUGAAUGUGGCUGAGGUGACACAGUCCGAGAUCGGGCAAAAGCAGAAGUUGCAGACAGUCCUCGAGGCUGUGCAAGACCUGCUUCGACCCCACGGCUGGCCGCUGCGCUGGAAUGUGGACUCUAUCCAUGGGAAGAACCUGGUGUCCAUCCUUCACCUCCUCGUCUCCCUGGCCAUGCACUUCAGGGCCCCCAUCCACCUUCCUGAGCACGUCACCGUGCAGGUGGUGGUCGUCCGGAAGCGGGAAGGCCUGCUGCACUCCAGCCAUGUCUCGGAGGAGCUGACCACGACCACGGAGAUCAUGAUGGGCCGGUUUGAGCGGGAUGCCUUCGACACACUUUUCGACCAUGCACCGGACAAGCUCAACCUUGUGAAGAAGUCUCUCAUCACAUUUGUGAACAAGCACCUGAAUAAGCUGAACCUGGAGGUGACCGACCUGGAGACCCAGUUUGCAGAUGGCGUGUACCUGGUUCUGCUUCUGGGCCUCCUUGAGGACUACUUCGUCCCCCUCCACAACUUCUACCUGACUCCCGACAGCUUCGACCAGAAGGUGCACAAUGUGGCCUUUGCCUUUGAACUGAUGCUGGAUGGAGGACUCAAGAAGCCCAAGGCCCGCCCUGAAGAUGUGGUGAACUUGGACCUCAAAUCCACUCUGCGGGUCCUUUACACUCUGUUCACCAAGUACAAGGACGUGGAGUGACCCAGCGGCUGAUCCUUCCAGGGCAAUUUCUAGGCAAGGAAAAUGGGCGUGUCCAUCCACAGCCCCUGCUUCCCCAGGAGAUGCUUCCCCAGGGAGGCCUCAGGCUUCCCAUCCCAGCUGUGUAAUGUCCCUCCUCUCUGCUCCCUGCCUGGUUCGGUUGUUGUUUUUAAUCCCCUUUCCUCUGUGGUUCCCUAGCCAACUGGUUAGGCCUUUGAGAACUUGGUGCUUAAAACACCCUCUCAGGUUUGAGGCCUCACUUCCUUUUUUUCUCUGCUGCCAUCAAGAGAUGAAAAAAAAAAAGAACGAAGCCCCAGCCUAGUCCUCAGCUGGAGAGGGCUGUCCACCUGUUGCUGCAACCCACAGGGCAAUUACUGCUGGCAGGAGCACAGCAGCCCUUGCUCCGGGGACUCCGCCCCACUUGUCCUCAGGAAUCCCCUGGGCUGGGCUCUCCCUGGAAGCGGGGUCCUGUCUUAGUAAAAAGAUCCUUGCAGUUUUUCA